CACACACACACAAGUUAGCUCGACAUCAGCAGGGAGGACGUGUAGUCAGCCUGACAAAAUGCUUUACAGAACACACUCAAACUUUCUACCUGCCGGACAAUUCAGGACAUCCUCUGUCCCACAAACCUGUGACACUUUAGUGAAAUGGAAGUGCAUAAUGAUUCGGCAUUUCGCCUGUAGUUAAUACCUAGCCCAACUUCCAAUAUGGUAGAAGAGGUUGUUGUCGAGCUGUACGGUGUUGUCAUGUCCAUAUAGUGCCGAUAGUGGUGCUGUGAGGAGUCUACCGAGGACUGAACUUAAAAAACCCAGCCGCCUAGCACUUCCAAUGUUAGCCGAUGGUAAUAUACAUUUUAAUGCACCAUUACUCUAUAAUUACUGGCGCAAGGCUUCAAAAAGGAUUAUUUUCUGUAGCAUAUCGAGCACUGAUGCAUAAAUGGUCCAGCUGAUUAUAUUAGACAUUUCCACGGUGUACCCGGAGUGAAUACCCCGUAGAGCCUGUACUAAUUGAAGCUGAUGUUUUCAAGGAAUAGAGUCACGUGAUGUAUGAGGGGAAACACAUACACUUCUCGGAGGUGGACAAUAAGCCUUUGUGCUCAUACAGCCCUAAACUCUGCAAGCAGCGCAGACUGAAUGGAUAUGCCUUCUGCAUACGGCAUGUUUUAGAGGACAAGACUGCUCCCUUUAAACAGUGUGAAUAUGUGGCCAAAUACAACAGCCAGCGAUGCACCAACCCCAUUCCUAAAGCCGAGGACCGCAGAUACUGUAACAGCCACCUGCAAGUGCUGGGCUUCAUCCCCAAAAAGGAGCGUAAGAAAAAACAUGAUGCGCUGGAUUCUGUAGCACUGAACAUCACAGUGCCCUCUCUAGCUCUCAAGGCCCCUAAUGGCUUAGAUGGUUUGCCUCCAUCUCCACCCUGUACCCGUCUACCCACCCUUGCCCUGACUGACGCACACCUGCUUGAUCCCUUCGCCUUUUACGAGGAGGAUGUGGAUGGAGUGGAGAGCACCACACGCAAGAACUCUGUACUUAAGAGGAAGCCGGCCAGUCGGCUAGUGCUCAGUCAGCAAGGGCCACGCCAUGACACUGACCUUCCUUCCCCAACACCAGAGCAACUGACAUCAGUUACAGUGGCCAGCACACUGCCCAAAUCGCCACACCUACCACCAUCAACACCAGCAGCACCACCUGCACCUCCCCCGCCCUCCCAGCAUGCUGGUCACACUUCCUUUAUCCAGCAGGGGGCAUCACAGGCUCUGCUAUGUAAGCCAGCUCCAGCUCCCACUGGUGCCUCUCUGGUGCCUGCCACACCCCCCUCAGCAAGCCAGCAGUAUCGGAAAACCUUUCUCACUUCUCCCAGUCACCCAUCUACUGGUCCUCGGGAUUGUCCACAGAGCCGCACCAUUGUAAUGCGACCCACUGCCUUCACAGCACCUCCUGCCUGCCUGUCAAGGCUACAGCAUCUUGUGCAGCUCUGUGCAGACAGACACAAAGAGCACGGAGACCUCUUCCCUCAUCUGGGACUGGACUGGUCAGAUGAAAGUGCUGAUGAGGAUGAAGAAGCAGAAGAGAGAAUUCCUUUAUUGCCUCAGGCCUGGAGACUGCCAGAAGGGAGUCCUUGCCACCACUCCGUUGGUGAUUGUGAGGAGCCUCGGCGGUCUCGUCUGGCUCAGCUGUGUACAUAUUUGCAGGAGCACUACAAGCACCUGUGUAGGCAAGAGAGAGCUGCCACACGCCACACCAGAUACAAAUACGCCUUUAGGAAAGCUCUGCUCCAUGCAGCUAGCAAGGACCCAGACUGUACCGGAGAACUCAUCCAGCAGCUCAGUAAAACAUCACACGCCUCCAGCAGGCAUGCAGUACAACAGGAAGUGGAAAAAUCUGUGUGUACUGGUAGCACCAAGGGUCAACCUUGCACCAAUCCAUCUCUGCCUUAUACACGCCACUGCUUCCAACAUAUCCUGCUGAACCGCUCGCAGCAGCUCUUCUCCAGCUGUACUGCACGAUUUGCUGAUGGGCAGCAGUGCUCUGUCCCUGUCUUCGACAUCACACACCAGACACCUCUCUGUGAUGAACAUGCCAAGAAAAUGGAUAAUUUCCUCCGUGGGGAUAGUAACAGGAGGGUGCAACAGCAGCAGAGACGGCCACGUAAGAAGACCAAACCACCAGCGUUGACAAAGAAACACAAGAAAAAGAGGAGGAAAGUAGUGCGGCGUCCCCAGAAACCCAUUCCUCCUGCCCUACCACAGGGCAACCUGCCCAUGCCCCCCACAUUGGCACUACCGACCCACCAUGCCAGUAUCAGGAGCCCCUCCACACCUGACCUCAGUGCAGAUGAACUUCCUGAUGAUAUCACCACUGAUAUAGCGGACAUUCCAAACGAUUUGGAGUUGAAUCAGGAGGACUUUUCUGAUGUUCUGCCCAGAUUACCUGAUGACCUGCAGGACUUUGACCUGUUUGAGGGUAAGAAUGGGGAGUUGCUUCCCACCACAGAAGAGGCAGAGGAGCUUGUUCGUGCGCUGCAGGCAAUGGGCUCAUAUCCUGACACGUUGGUUUGUUUAAAUUCCAUGGCUGAACUGGCCCCGGCUGAUGACCAUCGCGCCAUGAGUGUCUUCUCUGGCUCCGGGGUCACGGUGACGGCCAUGGGCGACCUCCUAAAUGGUCGAAUAGCAUCAGACAACUUCCCGAGUCUGGAGUUGGAGGACAAUCUCCUCCAUCACUCAGCAGACGAGCAUUUCCCUCCAUCCCUGUCUCCUCACCCACCACCAGCCACUGCCUCUGCGCCUGCUGCUGGCUCGAACCGUACACUGAACGAGCGAACGUUCCCUCACUCGGCUCUCUCUAAACCCGAGCCUGCGCUGCCCUCCUCUCCUCCCGGCAGCCAUUACAGCAGUGACCAUGUGCCGUCUCCUUAUAGUGACCAUAUCUCCUCCCCACACUCUGUUUCCUACCAGACCGAGCCUCCUCUCCUUCUGGAGGUGCCUCUCAGUGGAUUACCAGGCACUCCUCGUUCCUCCUGGAGCAAUCUCGCCCUCUCCCUCACAGAACCAAUGCAGUUUGGGAACCUCUUGACACAGGACACUCAUCUUCUCUCCACCUCUCUGUCUACUCCUCCCUCAAUAACACACCCACCCUCUGCUCCCUCCUCUUCUCCUCCAAACUCCCCCCGUGACCUGCUCAGUACUAGCCAGCCCAAACUGCAGCUCCCACAAUUCAGCGCGGCCUUCGGUCAUCAGCUUGCCUCUCAUAGCGGCAUCCCGAAAGACGUACAACCCAGCCACAGUUCCACAGCACCCCCUACGGGGUUCACAAGUGCUGGUGCCACUGCUGCAGGUGCCAACAGUGCUGCACCUACUUUCCAGCAGAGCAAGUGAAUGAAAAGGCAGGCAUGUACACACGCCCACAUCUUAGCCUUUUUCAGGGUUCUGUUAAAGCAGUUGAAGGGGAGGGGGUAUCGUGAUUUUUUUUUUUUUUUUUUGUGCCGACUUUGCGUUUCAUCUGGAGGCCUGGUCUAUCCCAGAACACCGGUCACUAUUUUACUGCCGCUCCUACAUCACUCACUAUCCCCUCUGUCUCUAAUUCAAGGCUUCAUUAAGCAGAAGCAGACAGCAGAAAUGUCUGUGCUGUUUACGAGUGCACAUUUAUAUAUAUUUAAAAAAAAAAAAUAAUAAUAAUCAGAUCACCAUGACGGUGUCAAAAGGGGUGCCGAGAAUAUCCGCCAAACAGCUUUUAUCCAGAAGAUUUUAUCUUGCACUGUACAUAUUAAACCUUUUAUGCAGACACUCAGAUGAAGCUUACUCAGUGGACCUAUCCUGGGCUGUAAACUUUCCUGUUCAGAGACCUCACAGGCACCUGAAGGUAAAAACCUGGUUACUCAAUAAGCAAUAAAGCACAUCAGCAUAAUCUAUCAUUACAGUAUUUAAACCAUGUGUCAGUUUCAGUUAUGUACCUCAUAGCAGCCAGACUGCGUUGCGUGAUCAAUGUGGGUCUGUGGAAAAAACUCUCUCAUUUAAAACUGAGAAAGAACUCUUCUGCUUAAUACAGAGCUUAGACUGUGUAAUAAUCAUUUACAAAACACCGAGAUAGCUUUUAUGAUAAAAAAGUAAAAAAAAAAAAAAUUUAAAAAAAGAUGAUUUUCUUUCACCAAAUAUAAGGAUUCAAAAUGUUCCUAUGGUGCUUAUUAAGUUUAGAAUAAAAUGGCUUAAUGAGGUUUUUUCUUUAAAGAAGACCGGCCUUUUAAUAGGGGCUAGACAUUAAGACUGCAUGGCUAAAUGGUUUUUAAAUUGCCCUAUCUUUGCUGUGCUGGGACCUUUGGUGCAAUUUUUACAGAGCAGGACUGUUCAUACACACACACACACACACACACACACACACACACACACACACACACACACACACACACACACACACACACACACACACACUCUUCUCGUCCUCAAACUUCCACAGUAAACCAGGUUUAUACUCCACACUAGACUGGCUGCAUGUCCCUUAAACCAUGGCAAUGUCUUUAUCACUCACUCUUCCCCAUGAGAGGCAGCAACCUUCACUUAAUCCUGGCCUGUUUUUAACACCUUGUCAGGUCUGGCAGUAAAUCAACGGUUUUGGUAGAAUUUUUUUUUUUUUUUUUUAGACAGGAUGACUAUUACAUAAUAUUGUCAUUUGUAAAAUAUUUAUAGAGUAGUAAUUGAAUUUGGACGUAAUUGGGUUUUAUUGGUGAGUUUAACUGAGUGGCAGCGAAGCAACUACAAAAUGAUUUGAAGAAAAAAAAAAACGAUUUGCAGGAAACCAGGUGGAGCUCGAGUUUUGUGGUGUACCUGUCACUAGUUUUAAUGGCUAUCAAAAUUCUAGUGAUUCGAUAUUUCCAGGUGAAUGAAUGUUGUUUGUGUUUUCUUGUCUCUUAUUCGGGCAAAAGAUUGUGACAGUAUUUUUGAUAGCUAUUAAAAUCCACCUAGCAGUCAUAGUGGAACGUUUGGUGUUUUGCAUGAAUACAACCACAAAAUGACCCAUAUUGUGAAUUAAGUAGAUUAACAACGGAAGCUUGCAUCCAAAGUGAAACAUUCAUGGGAAUGCCGGUGUGAUGAGAUUUUAUUUUUUUCCUUUAACAAAUCAAAAUGAAAGCUAAUUUGGUUUUAAACUCCCAUGAAUCGGGUUAAAAAUGUGAUCAUGCUGUAGCAAAGGUGAUUUUCCUCUUUUUUAAUUCAAGGCCACAAACAGGAGUAGUGUCUUUUUUUUGUCGAUUCGAAAAAUUGUAAGAAAUAGGUUUUUCCAGUACCAUUGUGUUGUAUCCCUGCAGCUGUACUAACCCCCGAUGUAAGUUGCAUUGAGAUUUACUGCACAGUCAACUUGAGUCAACCCUCUAAAGCAAGCCAUCUUCAGGGCUCCGCUGGCACUUGAAAACCGCUUAAAAGCUGAACAAUGGCUGACAAAUUCCUAUACUCAGUGAAUGUACUGUAUAACUGUUUUUAAAUGAUAGGAUGAGCUAAUAAUCUAGUCACCUUUUGUUAUUGGUCCUUGUUUAAUGUCUAAGGUAUUUUUUGUAUACAAAAGUUUACAUUUUUAUGUAUAUUUUUCUUGUAUAAAAUAUGUAAUAUGUGUAUAAACAUUGUAUGGAAUACCUGUAUAUAGUGUGAGGAAAAUUUGAUCUUUGUUUUUUGAUGUACGAAUAAAACUUGCUGUGCCGAACUCAUGGUAGUGA